ACCAUCCAUAAAAUUAAAAUCAUCUCCCUCUUCUGUACUCCCUCUGAUCGCAAUUGCCACUUCCUUACGCUUGCAAGUUAACUCAUCCAAUUCAACUACUUCACACGCUAUUCUCCUUCUUCUCCGAUUCACGUAAUCGGAGAAGUUUCAUCCAUUUCACAAUCUAGGGUUUCAUUUCAUCCAAUUAUGAACUGUGAAGUUUGCCAGCUCAAAGAACUCGAACUCGAACACUUUGAGAUACGUGAAGUUCUGCGAUGUAUAUUACACACCAUCAUUUUUCAUCGUGCGUUAGGUCUUGUUCGUCCAAAAGAUGUAGACUUGGAACUCUUUGAUGUUACUUAUGUUCAAUGUGGAGAGGUGGAGGUUGAAAAGAAAAUAGAAGAAAAGAUUGAGCAGUUUAUUUGUUGGGUGGAGAAGCAUCCUAACAAAAAGAGUCAGAUAUGCUUAUCUUUCUAUGAGGUUAAAAACAAACAGGCAUCUUGGUUUAGUAACAAGAUUGAACGCCUGUAUUGGGAGCAAUGGUAUAUUAAUCUGAAUGUAGCCCAGCAUCUGAAAUCACAUUCUAGCAAACCUCAUCGUUCUAAAUUUGUUGAUCCAGGAGAGGGAGCAUUAGAGGAUAGAAAUGCUCGCAGUGCAGCACUUGAAGUAUCGCUUCGUGAGGUUUUAUUUCAAAUAAUUAAAUUUGUCAACGAGAAGAAGGAUCAUGUUCCACCAAUACCAAAUCUCGAGGGUGCUAUUUCAUUUCCCUACGAAAUUACAAUACCUAGUUCAUCAGAUUCUGCUUUUGGGAUGGACAUGAUCAAGAGAAUGCUCCAGACUGGGCAUCCAACAAUGCUAAGUUGAUCUUCAUAUGUUGGAGCUGGAAAUCUGGUGAUAAAGAAAGCUACUAUGGAAAGCAAGGUUCAACCUUUCUGUAAAUAAAGAAGAAUCUAAAAGAGCUAAAAGAACCGUUUGUCUUUUCAAAUACUUCCUUAUUUCAAAAUCUCAUUUUCAUAAUAUUGUAUUUAUUUCUUUCAUAUUCUCUCCAUAGCUCAGAGUUCUGUUGAAGGUAUCUCCAAUGUCAUGUGUGACCCAGAUCACAUACUGUCACAGAUUGCGUCAAUAUGACGAUGAGUCUGGCUACUAUAACAAAAGAUGAACACUUCCAUAUCUGUAUUUUCCAGUUCAGUGGUUCUGCUUGUUCCUAAUCAUUUGCUUUAUCUAAUGUAUAUAUUUUGCUUGAGUUUGUAAACCCCACUUGCAUAAUUCUAUGCAAUUUUUUCAAGAA